AUGCUGCCUCUGUGGCUGGGCUUGGGUCUGCUGUCCCCAGCGCUGGCUCUGCCGGUUCCCCCGCUUCAGCUGGAGUGUCCCUCUAAUGUGAGCCACGCUGGGGACAGCGCUGUCCGCUACACCUGCCUGUGGAAGAGCUCUAUCGAGGUGAGUUUUGGACCCAGCCCAGAGGCUAACACCAGCUCCUUACCUCCCACACUCACAUGGUCCCUCAACCAGCGCCUCCUGGCCACCAGCACCCAAUGGUCUGGGAGACAGGUCCUUCUCCGAGUGCCCCCUGACACUCCCAUUAUUGUCAGCUACACCUCGGCCAGCUGCCGUGACUGCCUGUACCAGAAUGUGACUGUCCUUGGCACCAAACUCAGGCUCACCCUCUUCUCCCUCUACCCCGACCGUGCCCUGGUCACCUUCCAGGACCUGGAGCUGGCUUGGUGCUCCAAUCUGAACAGCCCCUCCUGGGGUUACACGCUGGCGUGCCCCGGGGCCGUGCCCAACGAUACCGCCCUCGUCAGCGGCCAGAUGGCCCACAUCGACAGUGCCAGCUACCCCCCGGGGAAAGAGGCUGAGUGCUCCCAGAGUUUCCGGUAUGCCAGCAGGGUGAUAUACCCACAGGUUGGUCAGCACAACUGCACCCUGAGCGUUGCCAAUGGCCCCAACGCCUCCUCCACCGCUCGCCUGGAGGUUAAGCCGGACCUCAUGCACCUCCUGAGUGCCCGGUCGGCCCCCAUCCAUCAGACAUUGACGGUGACCAUUAGCCAUGAGCUGAGGGCAGAGUACGGGGUCCUGGGUUACCGGCUGUCCGCCCAGCCCAAACAGCAGCAGCCCUGGAGCCUGAGUUACCACCCGAAAGCGGUUGGGAUCGAGCUGUGCCAGUGCCCGCAGCACCGGGGUGACAUGUGUGUGGCUCAGCUGCUGCUGAAGGUCAGCCAUUCUCCGGGCACCACGUCCAACACUGUGAUCUUCCAGCAGGGCUCUGUGCGCUUCCGCAACUCCCUCCAAUGGGUCUCCCUCACCCCCAACGCCUCUGUGCCUGGGACCAGCUUCUACUAUGUGAGCUCAGAUAACACUCUCUACUACUUCAGGGUGGGCACCCCAGCUGGCGGGAGCAGGCACCUUCUCUUUUACAGGGACAACCAAGUCAGCCAUCUCUAUCAGAUUGAUUACACCAGCUCCAGCCAUUACACGCUGACCGUCCAGCUCUACCUGAACCUAGGGGAGACCGUCUACACUUCCCUGGAGGAUUUGACCGUGGACCCCUUCCUGUACAACAGCGGUCCCACUGAAGUGGGCCUCCUGGCCAAUGUGGUUUGGUUCAUGCCCCAGCAGCACCCGGCCACUCACUGUGCUUGGGGCUUUGAGCUGGCCUACGGCUCCACAGUCAGCCUGUUCACCUACAGGCAGCUGGUGGCACAGGCGGCCAGCCACAUCCCUCAGGUGCAGCUCCCCUUCGACCCCGGCCGCUACAGGGGCUUCCUGGCCAAGGUCAGCUGCACGGCCGUUGGCGAGAAGGUCCUCAGGCUCUGGGCCAGGCUGGGCCAUUACAGAGUCACCUCCCGCCAAUCAGCCCUCUUCUGCGAGCUCGCCCGGUGCCAGCACCCUGUACCCAGCAUCGAGCACCCACCACCCCCUGACACCGUCAUCCGGAGCCCCCGAGGCUCCCCACUCACAGUUUACGGCCACUCGGGCUUGCACUGCGACAGCAUUAGGUCAGUGAGCAUCUCCUGGAAGAUCUACAGCAUGGCGAACAGAAAUGCUCAGCCAGACUGGGAUCAGAGGGUGGCCCUCCCGGCCAGUGUACGGACGAGCACAGCCACUCUACAAUUGCCUGCUUUCACCUUGGACUAUGGUCACUACCUCUUUGUGUUCAACGUGACCAUGUACACCACUGAUCCCACCCUGCCGACUCUCAACAACACUGGGCAGGUGGUGGUGGAGGUGAUUAAAAGUGAGCUGCUGGCUGUCAUUUCUGGGGGGCCUUACAGGAUGGUGAGCGUGGAGGAUACCUUUACUCUGGAUGCUUCCCAGAGCACUGACCCAGACUCACCUGAUCCACACCUCGGCCUGAACUUCUCCUGGUACUGCACCAUGAAAUUCACUGACUACAGCACCAUGACGCUGUCCCAGAACCAGCAGUGCCACCCUGGGAAGCCAGCCCUGAGGUGGGACUCUGGCAGAACUGACACCUUGACCAUCCCUGCCCAUACGCUCAUUGUCAAAAAGUACUUCUACUUCCGGCUGGUGAUCCAGAAAGACACGAGGACUGACCACUUUGACCAAACCAUCUCUGUCCUCCCUGGCUUUGUGCCUGAGAUGUCUAUAGCCUGCAUUGAGAACUGUAAGGAGUACCUGAUUACUACCGACCGCUUCAUUUUGAAUGGGACUUGUUUCAAUUGCCCGAGUUCCAUUCAACUGAAGUACCGCUGGAGCUUGCUUUCGGGGAGCGGCAUUUCAGAGAUCCUGGUCAACUGGGAAACUGAUAGCUCCACCGGUAACUCAUUGCCUUAUGUGUCACUGAACCCCAUGUCCUUAGAACACUUGGAUGACGGAUGGUAUAACCUUGAACUGAAAGUGACGACUUCCACUGGCUCUUACAGCCUCAGCCGACAUCGCUUCUAUGUCAAUUCUGUUCCGAGAGGAGGCCAUUGUGUUAUCAGCCCGAAACAGGGCUGGGCCCUCUACACAAAGUUCACCCUGGCUUGUUUGAGCUUCGAGGACAGUGAUCUCCCCCUCAGUUACACAGCCAUUGCAAAGACCUACCAUCCAACUGCCAGCAUCGACAGUCUGAUGAAUGAUGUCCUGGGUACCAUUGUGUAUUUCGGAUUCAGUCCCAAGUCCCAGCCGUUUGAACUGCCAGUGGGGAGCAGCUCAGGUCACCAUCAGCUGGUUAUCGUGGUCCUUGUGACUGACAGCCGCGGUGCCUACACAAAAGUGCACCUGAGGGUCAAAGUCUAUGAGCUUCCGCUUGACCCAGCCCAGAAAUCUCUGGUGGACCAGUUGGCCAAUUAUGUGGAAGGGACAGCCGCACCUCUGACUACCCUGCUGCACGAGACACACUAUGUGGAAGCCACCAAACUGCUGUACGGAAUCGCUUCGGAGCUGAACUCUCACAGCUUCGUGGGCAGGGACAUCCCGAGGGUCCAGAAGCUGCGGAAAAUCUUGCUGAAUGCCUCUGCCAGUAUCCCAGUCACGUCGUCUCAGCUCAUCAACCAGGUAUCAGCCAUAAUCUUCCAGGCGGCCGAGGUAGCGGUCCAGGUCAACCGGCAAGCCCAGCGCCUCUCGGCUAGCAAGCUGCUGGAACUGGCUUCUGUCCUGCUGAACUACACGAGUGAAGACAAGAUUCCAUCGGAGCACACUGAGCAGUUGUCCUGCAGCAUCUUGACUGCAGCCUCCAACGUGAUGACUGCCUUUUCCUCCCAGUUUCCGACUAAAGGCACUGAGAGCGGAACCCCGCUGACCACAGAGCAACAGAAAGUGACCACCAGCAUCUUCCCUAUCCUGAAAAUCCUGACUGAAGCCGUGUCUCAGCGCAAAGUACCGGGGCAAAGGGAUACCCUGAUGGAGGCCAGGCAGUGGGAAAUAACCGUGAAGAAGGUUAACAUGGACAAAGUGGAGGACUCCUUCCGUUCUGACCCAGAUUGUACGAACUGCAUUUACCCAGAGCUGGGAAAAGUCCCAGUAACCUCUCAGCCAGUCUCGUCCGUGGUUUAUAAGUUUGAAGAGAAUCCUUUACCGUGGCUCGGGAAGGCAUCGAACAUCGCUACAGAUAUCUCCAGCAUCGACAUGAUCCUCCAGCACAGCAAUGGAACCAUGCACACCUUGGUCCCUAAGCAAGUGGAGUCUUUCAUGGCCAGGAGGGACAUUGUAUCCCAUCAACCCAUCAGGUUAGUUGUUGACCCCGGCAGAAGUGAUGUGGUCAAGGGUCAGUUCACAGUCAUGAUGACCUCCAGCUCAGCUCAAGUGGUCUUCCUGCAGUUAUUUGCAGACAUAGACCCCAUCUACACCGUUAGCAUCCACUCAGGAGUGGGGCUGUCUCGCGCAACUCUCGCACAGAAACAUACCAUCCCAGAGUGUAGCUCAGGGCCAGAUCUCAACAGAGGCAACUUUGCACACAAUCCUUACAUCAUCAGGAUUCCAAGCGGGCUCUUCAAGAGGAAUGGGACUGACCUAAGCAACAAAACCUACAUCACUGUUGCUGUUGAGACAAAGUAUCCGAACCCUCAACUAAUCAUUGAGGCUGGGCUCAAUGUCUCAGCUUUUGUUGCAAACUGCCUGACGUUCGAAGGCAAUUCUGAUAAGUGGGAUUCUUCCAGCUGUACUGUUGGGUCUCUCACCAGCAACAAGAGAGUGCACUGUGUCUGUAAGAGAGGUGACAAGCACACCCGCAGCAGGGCCCUGAAUGUGAAGAUGCCUUGGUUCCUGACUGGCAGUGUUCUGGUGUUGCCUGAAGUCAUUGACCUGCUGGAAGUUGGUGAACUCAUUCAGACUCUGCCAAGCAAUCUGGUGACACUGAUUACAGUUCUGAUCAUUUUGUUCAUCUAUGCCAUCCUGCUCUGGUGGGCUUGGCGGAAACGGGCGAGUGACAAGAAAAAGAUCAUUGUUCUUCCCGACAAUGACCCCUGUGAUAAUGGUUGCUACCUGGUCACCUUUUACACUGGGGGUCGCCUUGAUGCUGGAACCACAGCAGAUGUUUUCUUCACCCUCAUCGGUGCAUCCGUGGAGAGUGAAGUCCAUCUCCUCUACCAUCCAGACUACAAGACUUUCAGGAGAAACAGUGUGGACACCUUCCUACUCACCACCGGAGAUGACCUCGGUGAGCUCACGUUCAUCAGGGUCUGGCACAACAAUGUGGGCAUCUCACCAUCCUGGUACCUCAGCAGGGUGAAAGUGCAAAAUGUGCUAACCAAGAAGAGCUGGCAUUUCUUCUGCAGGAAGUGGUUAGGGACCAUCAAGGGGGACGGACUGUUGCACAGGACCUACCCCGUCAUGGACCCUGAAAGCUUGCUGAGGAGGAAGGAUGUCUUCCUCAUUGAGACGUCCAGCAAGAUUGAGAGGGAACACUUGUGGUUCUCUGUCUUUGCCUACGAUGUAGACCAGACCUUCACCCGUAUUCAGAGACUGUCCUGUUGUUUGACCAUGUUGCUAUCCAGUCUGCUGCUCAGUCUCAUGCUGUUCCAGAAAAGGGAGGAGGAGCACUAUUUGAAGAAGCUAGUGAGAUCAUUGAUGAUUGGAAUGGAAAGUGCACUGGUGAUGGUGCCAGUGGAAAUGCUAAUAUCAACUCUGUUCAAAUUGGCGCAGAAGAAAAAUACUUCUUUAAGGGUUACAGGAAAAGGCGGACAACACAAAUCAGACCAACAGUUUGAUAGCAGCCUACCUGUGAACCCUGACCCGAAUCCAAGCAAUUGGAGGGAGAGGUUCAAAAAGUGGUAUGAGAGGGACGAAGAGGCCAGUGAGGCUGAAGAAAGUCCCAAGGAAAUGGCAGAGUUGUCAUUCGAUAACCAUUAUGACCUUCUAUCCUACAUGGCAGGUGUAGACAACUUCCAGGGUCCUAUGGCAAAAGACAGAGACAACUGUAUCAUCCCAGAGUCUGAAGCCGAUCAGAUCACCAGAGAGGAGGCCACUGGCAAGGUGACCAGAAAGAAUAAGGUACGAUUCAUUAAACCCCAGCGAUUGUGGCGCUCUCAUCAAAAGAUAGCAACACCUUACAAGAAGGCACAAGGCCAGUCUGCCAGACCCUCCAGAAACGUCGGCCCAAGAAGCAAGUUAAGAAUCAUAUUGUCACAGUGCCUCUUGUACUUGGCUUGGUGCCUCAUAUGCCUGAUCUCUGCUGUGUCCGCUAUAUUUAUUGUGUUAUAUGGCCUCUCGUAUGGUGUAGAGACUUCCUGGCUGUGGCUCAUGGCCUCUGUCGUUUCUUUCAUCCAGGGUGUUUUCUUCUUGCAGCCUGUUAAGAUCAUGGCCUUCGCUGCACUGUUUGCCUUAAGACGUCGGCGGCCCCGAGAUCUGGACUGGUCCACAGGGAUCCAAGCACUGGAGAUCAGUGAAGACCAACUUCCGAACAAUGAUCCUGAUUGCGUCCGGUCAGGGGACCAGAUUCGGAAGCAGUACAGGCCGCUGGAGGGUGACGAACUCGUGUUGGCGAGAAAAAAAGGGAGCAUCAGGCAACAAGCCUUUAUGUUUUGUAAGGGUUUUCUGUUGCACAUUGCUUUCCUUGUACUCAUCCUGUACUUGUUGUGCUCCACUGACUACAACAAUGCUUACUAUUACAACCGCACCAUUAAGGAUAGAUUCUCUCGGGACCUGGAGAACGUCAACACUGUCCAACAGUUCUACACCUGGAUGGGUGUCACCUUCCUGCCCCUGAUUCAUGAAAACUCAAAUCCAGCCUUUCUUUCUGACACCCAUUCCGUCAUCCUGGGCCUGCCCAGGAUGCGUCAGAUCAGAUCCAAACAUGGGUCAGUCGAUUGCUUUUGGAAAACCAGCAUCCUGAGCAUCAUCUUGGACAAGCAUCGGUGUCGACCCCUGUUUAACGUUCACCAACAGAACACCAGGAACUACAAUGGCUCCUGGCAACAGCCCAUUGGAACUGUGUUUGUGCAGCAUCCUCUGGAAUACACAGGUUGGAUAUUUGAAAGCAUAGAUUCCCCUUGGUUAUACCAUUCACAUGGGGUAUAUCAUGUGUAUCCACUGGGAGGUUACUCCCUCUACUUCUCCCCGAGAAGCCUACAGGAUUCUCUGAUAAGAUUCGUGGGUCUCCAGAACAAUAGCUGGAUUGACAGGAGUACCUGGGCUAUCAUCAUCGAGACAACCAUCUACAAUGCAAACGUUGACUUGUUCUGUACCAUCUCGCUGAUUUUGGAGACAGCCCCUCUUGGCAUCAUCAACAAGAAGUUGGUGGUGAAACCCUUCACCCUCAGGCUCUUUGAGAGGCGUGAGAAAAACUGGAUCGUUCUCAGUGUCCUCAUCAUCAUUCUAUUUGGCCUGUUUGUCAUUAACGAGUUUCGGAAACUAAGGCAGAAAGGAUACAAAUACUUCCAGCAACUGAAGAACAUUGGCAACCUGGUGAUGACAGUGUUGCUAUUGAUGACCAUAGUCUUGUAUGUAGCCAAGUAUAUAUUGUCACAGCGUAUGCUGGAGUUCUAUAAGAGCAACCCAAACACUUUCAUUGCUUUUCAUGUCAUUGCUGCUUUGGAUCAGCUUCUCAGAUUCAAUGUCACAUUCCUCAUUUUUGUUACCAUACUGAAGCUUCUAAGGUAUACACGCUUCCUUUACAAUGUGCGCCUGGCCCAGAAGGCCAUUUCUGUAAGUUUUCCCACUAUCUGCUCCCUGGCUAUAAUCAUGGCAGUGUACUCCGUUAUUUUUAUAUCGUUUGGUUACCUGCUGUUUGGUCAGUUUGAUAGGAAUUUCAAUACCAUGAUCCAUGCAACACAGACUAUUGUGUCCUAUCACAUUGGUGACUUUAACGACACAGAGUUUACCUACAGCAAGAUUAUCGGUAGCAUCUACUUAACAUGCUUUCUUUUUGUGAUGCACUUUAUCCUGAUCAACCUCUUUGAGUCAGUGAUCAUUCUGUCUUACGGAGACAUGAGACAGUACAUCCACGAGAGGCCGUCAAAUGAAGCAGAGGUGGCCAACUUCGUAAUGCAAGAGAUUAGGCGUGUCUGGUAUGCAUUGAGGAGAAAGCCACCCCCAAAUGACGGGAGGAAGCCUCUGAGAACUUUAUUUUAUGGACGAGCUUCUGAGAACACUUACGGCUUAAAGGAAAAGAGAAUGAAAGGGAAGAGGCUGAGCUACCUAGUUAUUUGA